AUGGGUUUAGUUAGAGAUCUAUUCAGUGACACACCUAAAGAGCAAAAAUGGAAAGAAAUUGAGGCUGAGAACUUUUGUGUCGAGGAAAUGUCCAAUAAAUUUAAUGAAUGCAAAUCAGCCUUAGAAGAUCUUCACACAAGGGCUCAAGAGUUCCUCAAAAACUAUGGUAUCAAGGACCAAGGAGGACAUGGAGAUUACACAGAGAUUGAUUUUGAAAUGAUGAAAACGGCACCUUUCUUGCAAUCAGCACCACAGCAGCCGAUUCCUGAAGCAAUAUUUGAGGUGCGAGCGGUGAAGCAUGGCAAACCCAUGGGCCGAGUGACCCUAAAAGUGGACGUACAAACUGGACGUUUGUUUGCAGUGAAGCCUUCCAAAGAUAUUUUGGAUGCUAGCAACACAUUUUCACACGAUAAAAUUUUGCAAUUAGUGAAAAAAUCAACAGAUAAUUGUCGACUAGACAUUGUGAUAGAGGGAAAGAAGAAUUUUGCCUACCAGUUUGAAAGUGUCCAUGCACGAGAAAAUUUUUGCCAGCACAUAUGUCAGAUGAAGAGCAUGCACUCAACAGCAGAAGAGAUUGACCAAAUCUCAAUAUUUAUUGGAACGUGGAAUAUGGGCAAUGCUCCAUUUACUGAAAGUUUGAGUAGUUGGGUGCGAUGCCAGGGUGCUGGCAAGAUUCGAGAACCACUUGUGAUGGGGGUGAUCCCUCAUGAUCUCUAUGUCUUUGGAACGCAAGAAAGUUCCUUGACAGAAAAGGACUGGGUCAACUGCUUGAAAGCCCAACUCCGGAUCUCUUUAUCAAUUGUUCCGGAAGUUGUAUGUUGCUGUUCAUUGUGGGGUAUCCGUCUUGUAAUAAUGACAAAACCUGAACAUCAACACAGAAUUAGUCACCUGGAACACAGCAGUGUGAAAACAGGAAUUGCCAAUGCUUUGGGUAAUAAGGGAGCUGUUGCAAUCUCCAUGUAUUUCAAUGGAACGUCCUUUUGCUUCAUCAACACACAUCUUGCCUCUCGAAGUGAAAGACUAGCCAGGCGUAAUCAAAAUUAUCGUGAUAUCAUCAAAGGGUUGUCUCUUGGACAGAAACACCUCAAUGUGUUUGAUGUUACUAACCAAUUUCACCACGUUUUCUGGUUUGGAGAUCUCAAUUACAGGGUAGAAGAAAAUAUUCAGUGUGUCCUCAACAAAUUACGUGAUGGAGACAUAGAUAGUCUACUUGAAUUAGAUCAGCUAAAAAUGGCUCAGGACUGCAAGGAUGCCUUUGUUGGAUUCCGUGAAGAACCCAUUACAUUCCUACCAACCUACAGAAUGGAGCGAGGAGCUAAAGGAAAAUUGGUUUACAACUGGCGAAAAGUAAAAAAGACCACUGGAGAUCGAAUCAAUGUGCCUUCCUGGUGUGAUAGAGUUAUGUGGAGAUCUUACCCCGGAACUUUUAUUGAGAAUAUAGCUUAUGGAUGUGCGGAUGAGAUUGUGAGCAGUGACCACCGACCAUUGUUCAGUUCAUUCAAUGUUGGGAUUGCUUCCCAGUUCAUCACUAACAGAGAAUCUCUGGUUGAUCAAACAUCUGUUCGUAUUAUCUUUGACAUUGUCCAAGCAGAGAUUCGUACAUGCUCCUGCCAAUAUUUUGUCUUGGAAUUCUACUCUAAUUGUCUUCCAAAUGUUGUAAGCAGUAGCCCUAACAAAGCCUUCUAUGCUGAAAUUGCUGGUCUAUGUUGCCCUCAGUGGACAAAGGAUUGUUUACCUGAGAUGCAUCCAAUAUUCGGCGAUCGAGAUUAUUUGGAAGAGCAGCAUAUUUUGAUUGCUAUUCGAACAAGGGAUGGUGAUCAUGAAUCCUAUGGCGAGUGUGUUGUAACACUGAAGGAUAUGUACUCCGUACAACCUGAACCCUUUGAAUACAUGUUAACUCACCUGGGAGAUGAGACAGGGGUUAUAAGGGGCAAAAUGCAUAUCUAUACUCCUGAAAGUGCUCCAAGACGGAGGUCUUCGAAGAAAGUUUAUGAAUUGGUUUCUAUUGAUACAGAAUAUCAUGAUCCUGAGUUUUACCUUGCGGAUUCUCCUCGGCUAGAGAAGCUAAACGAAGGACGCUAUGUCAAUGCACCCCCAUUUAACGGAUUUUCAGGAGUGGGUUAUCCAGAGAGUCCCGCCACGGCUAGUGUUGCGACACAAGUCUACCACCCGGAGCCCCAGCUGUAUGGAGAUCCAUGGCCACUUGGUUCUGGAGAAAAACAGGGCCUCGUCUCAUCUAUGGAGAGCUGUUCUGAUUCUAUGUUAGCUGUGCUUCCCAGGAAAGGGAAACCUUACAUGGGACAGUCUAGCCUGGAAGUAGGUCAGCGACAGAUGGUCCCUGUUCCCGUGACGACAACGACAGGUGUGUCAUCAGCAGGUUCCAAGGUGAAUGAGAAUGCCAUAUUCAGUGGCGCCUGUUCAGAUAACGUUGUCACUGAACCGAGGGAUGCCAAUUUGGCGCCUCCGGUUCCAACUCCAAGGAAGACCAAACACAAGGAUUUGAAUCCUUUCCAAAGAAAGUUUGCCGACACCCUGGAGAAUGAGAUGAAUCGUUACUGUCAAGGCUGGGAAGAACCUAAGUCUGAUGCUGGUUAUGCCCAUCUGAAGAAACCAGACACAGUGCCCGAGUGGCUGAACUGCCUCGGUCUUUCCGAAUACACGAAUACCUUCAUCAUCAAUGGUUGGGACUCAAUCUCUUACCUCGGAUAUCUGACCAACGAUGAUCUGGUUAAUAUGCAAAUCAGAAACCCAAAGCACCGGGAUCGUCUUCUGCGAAGCUUGCAAGAUAUGAACCUUAAAUUUACCGGCUGA